UUUUUGUUUACUUACAGCUCCUCUUUGCUUACAGUUUGCAAUUGCAUUGCAAAAAUACAAAAUUACAAACAACCUAAUGGAAAGCUAAAGUUUCAUUUGUUGUUAAUAUUGUUAUAUUGUUAUUCAAUAUGAGCCUUCCAACGGAUUUUGGACCUGAUUCUGGCGGACGAAUGAAGGGUAUCUGUAUAGUGAAACCAAUAGUCUAUGGUAACAUCGCUCGAUAUUUUGGCAAGAAACGAGAGGAAGAUGGCCACACUCAUCAAUGGACUGUAUACUUGAAGCCUCAUCAAAACGAAGACAUGUCUAUGUAUGUGAAAAAAGUCCAUUUCAAGUUACAUGAGAGUUAUGCCAAUCAGAAUAGAAUAGUAGUAAAACCACCCUAUGAAAUCAGUGAAACAGGAUGGGGGGAGUUUGAAAUUGUCAUCAAAAUACAUUUUCAUGAUCCCAAUGAAAGGCCAGUGACCAUGUAUCACAUACUCAAACUGUUUCAUUCUGGUAAUACUCAAGAUAUUGGUAUUGAACAGAGCCAAGGUUUGGUGUCAGAAAAUUAUGAUGAAAUUGUGUUUCAAGAUCCAACUCAGCUCAUGCACCAUUUAUUAACAAAUACUAAACAGCUAACUUUGGGAAGAUGGGAUCAUAAUACAAAUUUUGCACUGAAAAAAGAAAAAACAUUGAAGACUAUUAUAGAGGCCAAGCAAAAAGUCAAAGGUGAAAUUGCCAUACUUAAGAACAAAUUAAAACUAGCCAAGGAAACAAUAUCAAUGUUCAAAGAUGAAAUAGCCAAAUCUCAAGACAACCAAUUCAUGUUGUGAAUAUUAACUAGGGACAAAUUCAUAUUUAUAGCAUAUAGGCAUAGUUUUUAUAUGAUGUGAAAUAAACUUCUCAUAGCUCUCAUAGUGACUAAGCGUUUUAAUGAAAUAAUAAAGUUUUGAUUAAUAUACACAAUACAUAUAAAUUUAUUUCCAUCAGAAGUCAACCUACUGAAGAUGUAAUCAAUUCUGCAACAUCUGGAUCAGGUGAUCUAACUGUCAACUGCAUAGUAACACCAUCAGCUAGAGCAAGUUUAGCUCUCACAAGAAUAUCAAUGCCACCUCUGAAAACCC